GACAGAAAAUAAUUGAGAAUCACUGGUUUAAUGGUUCAACGCCAUUUUAUUGUGGACAGUGAAUACUCUUAUUGUGAAGGUUUCGGCGGCCGGAAGUAGUCGGCCUGUUGCAGUCACAGAGUUCUGGAGUUUUAUCCCGGUCUUUCUGAAUGUGAAUUAAUUAAACAAAGAAUCGUUAAGUUUGUCGUGUGCUGAAUGGGGUCAGGGCACUAAACACACGUGACGUCAGAAGCGGUUUUUAAAGUUUGAUGCUGGCGAUAAUGCGGCUAACAGCAUCAGCUAUCUGUGUUAGCAACAGUUGACAACGUUAGCAGACGUUAGCAGCUCCAGCUGAAUGGCCGUGGAGUGGAGUGGCUGUCAGAGUCUACUCGACCGCUGCUGAACUGAAAGGAUGCUCCAGGGUCCGUACGGGGGCCUGGAGCGGGACCGGCCCCUCAUCCGCCUGCACUUCAGAAGCUUUGUUGUGGCCACGGUUCUGCUGCCCCUCAGUGGUCUCGUCGUCUGCCUCCUCAUCUCUCUGUUCUACCACUUCGAGGAGGCCACGUACACACACUGCCAGGUGUCCAAUUACCUCCCGUCCAUCAGCUCAGCCAUCAGCCGCGUGCCGGAGCGCUACAUCUGGCGCAGCUGCAUCGGCCUGCACUCGGCGCCGAGGUACCUGGUGUCCGUGGCUUACUUCAACUUCUACCGCGGCCGCUUCGCCAAAAGGCUGCUGGAGCUGCUGCUGGGAGGACUGGCCCUGGUCUGCAGCCUGGCCGAGAACACGGGGCUGCUGCUGCUCACAUACGUGUCCUCCACCGAGACCUACACUGUCCAUAAGAACGGCUUCAUCGUCUUCAUCGCCAGCUCACUGCUCCACAUGUUGAUCACCUGUCGCCUGUGGCAGGUCAUCAAGAGACACUGUGUCAACUCAGAGGAAGUGACAUCAUGUCAAUGGAAGAUACACCUCUUCCUUCUUAACAUCAGCUGUUGCCUGGCUGCUGCUUAUUUCUUCAGACGCCACAACAAGUUCUGUGAGAGAGGAGUCUACACCCUCUUCGCUUUCUUUGAGUACCUGGUGGUCUUCUCCAACAUGGCCUUCCACAUGACGGCCUUCUGGGAUUUCAGCAGUAAAGAAAUCAUCGUGGCCACGCCUCCCGAGGACAAACGUUUCUGAAGAGAAACUGUUGGAACGUGUCCCGUCUCUGGGAUUGGACUCUGCUGGUUCAUGGUCACACAGACUGAAGGAGGAUGAAGGAGGAUGAAUCAUGGAACCGAAGGAACUGUUUCAGUCCUUUAAAUGAUUCUGUUGCUUUCACUGCCAGUUAACGCUGAACUGAGAUCAUUACAAACGGUUGUUUAUUUAAAGUCCACCCCCCCCCCCCCCCCCCCCGGCAGUAUCUGCUGCAGUGAUGUCAGCAGGAUGUGAUGUCACAUCAGCACAUUCCUGUGUCUGUGUAAACACAAGUGUGUGCGUGUCGUGCUGUCAGGGCGAGUCAGGACGUGUGUGAGGUAAAACUCCAAGAACGAGGCUGCAGUCAGUCCAGGCCAACCAGACGCCUUCAGUCCACAGAAGAUCGGUUCCACAGAAGAUCGGUUCCACAGAAGUCCGUCGACGUCUUGAACUUCUUCAGGCCUGAAGAAACAGGAACAGGAAGUGCUUUCCUGUCUCUGAGGAAGACGGGCCUUCCUGGAGGAGGAGGAACAGGACGAUGUUGACCAGGAGCUCAGCUCCACCUCAGACUUCCUGCUGGACCUCCGUCUUCAGACCGCCGUGGACGGACAUGAAGCCACAGUGUCGUCCAAAUCAUCGUCUCAUCGACAGAAACCAUUUUCACUCUGAGGCCUGGUGGUGGCAGUAUAACGUAUUAAUAUACACGGGGCAAAUUAUUAGUCUUUAGAAUUUAAAUUUAGAACUGAGUCAGGUACACUCCACCACAAGAGGGUUGUUGGUUUGAAUCCCAGUCUGUGGGUCGGCCCUUUUUUUUCCAAAAUGCUCUUAGCUGGGUCUGCUGCCCCCGGGGGCUGGACCAAUCACAGCCAAGGGCUGAUGCCUCCUCUUUGUGAUUCGCUACUGUUGGAUUUGAUGGUGUUCAUCGUCCUGAAGAUUAGACUUUUUGAUGUAAUCGAAACGUUUUUUUGGUUUGUUUUUUAAACAACGACAGUCAGCUGAAAUGAUGGUUGGAUUUGAUUGGUCGACAGAUGGAACCAAAACAGCCGUGGUCAGUGGAAACAGACGCAGGUUUCAGUUCAUGUGGUUUUAGAGGAAGUGGCUGAGUUUCUGACCUGAACCCUUUUUUUUUUAUCUACUUCUGCCAAUUGAGACGUGAUGUUUCAACAUUUUAACAUUUUCACAGCAGCCGUCAGCAGGUGGCGACGUCAGCCUUCAAAUAAAAACAACAGUUUGUGAUUAUUAGAAA